UGAUCACUCCCUCUCCGCGUUUCCCUUAGACGUCCCAUCUCAACCCACUUUCCUUGCCUGCAUUCUACCCCUUCACUGAAUCAAUCGCCCGCUCCCCCCUUUCAUUCCGUCCAUCUUCAACCCAAUAUCCCUCAUGCUGUCGACGAUACUGGAGAAGGAGGUGAUCUAAUCACUACAUCUGCCGAUUUUGAAUGGAGCUCGGAGGGGACGGCGACGGAGAAGGGCCUUCCUCCUCCUCCGUCUCAGCCUCUGCCGAUCAGACUCCUCUUCCAUCCGAACCUCAACCACCACUGCAGCAACAGCAGCCUCUAAGUCGGUACGAAUCGCAGAAGCGGAGGGACUGGAACACGUUCCUGCAGUACCUGAAGAACCACAUGCCGCCGCUGGUGUUGCCGCGGUGCAGCGGAGCGCAUGUCAUCGAGUUCCUCAAGUACCUCGAUCAGUUCGGGAAGACGAAGGUGCACUCCUCCGGCUGCGCCUUCUUCGGCCAGGUCAACCCUCCCUCCUCCUGCGCAUGCCCUCUCCGUCAGGCCUGGGGCUCCCUCGACGCCCUUAUAGGCCGCCUCCGCGCCGCCUACGAGGAGAACGGCGGAAACCAGGAGUCCAACCCCUUUGCCGCCAGCGCCGUCCGAAUCUACCUCCGCGAGGUCCGGGAGAACCAGUCCAAGGCCCGCGGCAUCCCCUACGAGAAGAAGAAACGCAAGCGUGGAGACGUCCCCGCCCAGCUCCCUCGCCCUGCCAGAUCAGCCGCUGCACAUCAGUCUUCUUCUUCCGCGGCGCCCUCCCCGUUUGCUUCUUCCUCGUCAGUCCCAGAGAAAUCCGCCGAUCAACUCGCCGACGGUUCGUCGUCCGUCCCAUGACUUUAUAUUUAUUUAAAUUUAUUCACUCUUUAUUUUCUUUAUUGUAUUUGAAAUUAUUAAGCCAUUAGCUAGUCGUCGAUAAUAGACGGUGCAUAUUAUAUCUGAUUGACAAUGCUCAGCAUCAGAUGGACAAUCAAAGGAAGUUAAUUAAUGCACGAUAGCAAAAUUGAAGAACUACUUCCGUUGUCUUAAAUCUUUAACUUCAAUUAUUGCUUCAUUAAGUUCAGCAGCAUUAAUUUUCCAAAUGGUGUUGUAGUAGACAUUGUAAGGUAUUAUUCUCCUUAAUUUUCAAUUCAACUCUCAAAAAUCACGACAUGAGAUUC